UUAAGAAAAUUAGGCGAUACCAGUUAUAGACUUAGGUGUCUUGUGUGAGGUGUGUGGCAACAGUGUGUAGUAGACAGCCGUAAACAAUGUGAACAAUCUUCUGAGGAAACAUUUACUUAUUUCAGAAUAACUUCUCUGUUAUAUUUUAUUGACCAUGAGUGCUGAGUCAUAUCCUGCAGCGUCCCCUGGCUGGAUACGGCCGGGGGACGUGAUGCGAGUGAGGAAACUGAAGGCCAAGAGUCGAGCACUCCAAGCACGCAUGAAGAGCUCAGCUGCUCCCCUGCAGAUACUGGCUCCUGUUAAUGGUCAAUAUAGUGCUGCCAACAGUCACAGUUUGAAGAGAAGGAAUCCAUUUAGAUGCUCCCCCAACAAGAUAUUAAGAGUACACGGAGAAGACAAUGAUUUAGAAGCAACAAGUGACAUAACGCUCUUUCAGUUACUUAACCCAGCAGCAGUGAACACCAAGGACAGGGUCCCACAGACAUUCAGCUUUUCCAAUCUUUUCAGUAAAGAAUUUGGUGCUGAAGCAACUGGUGAAGACAAAGAUUCACCAAGGGUAACUUGGACUGACAAGUUGGUAGUUGACUGGAGUUUAAAAACCAGAAUCAGAUUUAAAUCACACAAAUCUCUGCCGUGGAAACAUAACUUUAAGACCUCCGAGGAAGCUUCAGGAACCACAGGAUUUGUGAGAUGUCUAAGUUCUGUAUCAGAUGAGAAUGAUGACCGCACUCUAGACACUUCAGCCAAUGCUCAGUUCUAUCAGUGUUGUCUUGUGUGGCAGCAUCCUAAUCUCCCUUGGUUACAACUGUUCCCCCGCGACAACAUAAAGCUAACAUCACAAACUGGACUUUUUGGUACAGACCAAAAAUUAGCAGAAUCACUUCACUCUGAAUGGAGUGAAAGUCUUCGUUCAUUGCACCAGCUGUUAAGAGUCCGUCAGUGUCCUUACUUCUAUGUUUGUGGGCCAACGUUCACCUGUUUAUUUAGGGCAGCGGGUGUAGCGGGGAUAUCGCAGGCCCAUGCUUUAAUUACCCCCACCACCAGAGGUUUCCGAGAAGCAAUGAAGCAAGAAGAUAUUGAAUUUGAAAUGCCUUUCCAAAACUCUGGACCAGUGAAGACAAAUGCAAGUUAUAGUGAAGACAUGGAUAAAGAUGUAGAAGACAGACAAAAAGGAUUACAGGAGGAAGAUGAAGAUGAGGAGGAAGAAGAGGAGAGAGAGGAAGCAACAUCAUGGCUUGAAAACCUUGGUGUAGAAACCUCGCAGUUUCCAAACUUAAAUCCUAACAGAGUUAAAUUAGAACGUGAUAAAUACAAGAAUGUGGAUAACACCCCUUCAUCUCUUGUUUAUGUUGAAGGCAUGGAGACACAAGGCCUUAUUAACUUCCUACUGAAUAGUAAGAGUUGUGUAUCUACCACUGGGUCUCUGGCUGGUGUUCCUCCAACCCUCCUGGCCCCAGUGGCCUUCCAGGGUGCCACACUCACAACUCUGAAGGCAAAGGGCGGUGUUGUUCGUCAGGAUGGUGAUGUUCAAAACAGCAUGGAGGUAUCAGGCCCAGUUCUCCCUCACACAGUCCAACAGUUGACAUCUCUUCUCUCUAUGGCCGUGGAUAAUUUUUCUGUGUCACUGCAUUCCGUACCGUCUACGCUUCCAUUUUCUCAACACAGUCAUCAUGAAACUAUGGCAGCACCGCAGGCGUUUGCUCAGGAAGGACUCGUAGACUGUGGCCUCAGCGCUACAGUACGACACCUGAUCUGUGUGCCCCACAAGAGUGAAGGGGAGUCCAAACUCCCACUUACUUACAAGGAAAUUACCUUCAAGGAAAACAAAUUCUCUUGGACUGACAGAUUACAAUGAUUUAGUCAUUAGGUUGAACUCUUUUAGUGUGCUGUAUAUAUUGUAUGUCAUGUAAAGAUUAGCUUAAUUGGGAUAAAUUUGAAUCUUAACAACACCAGAGUAAUAUGUGUAAAGUGUUCUGCACAUGUUUAUAAAUGAAAGGGCAGAAAUAUUGUAAUUUAAUAUUAUUUUGUUGCUGGACCAAAGAGUAUUGUCUUUGUGAAAUGCACAAUUUUCUUGAGCAUAAAGUUUUAAUAUUUUUCAAUAUGCUAACUAGGUUUUAUUAUUACAAAUGUUAACUCUCACUCCCAGGCUGUUUAAGACACAAGAUUAUGUGCCAUCUACAAAGCAUUUACUGGACACCUCAUAACACUUAGAAUGAUGGAAAAUAAUGAGUACCCUCGUCAUCUUCUCCAAGCACCUGAGGAAGCAGACCUUGACUCAUUGUUCCAUCACUUUAUUAAGUAAUUAUCACCAUAGACAAACACACACAACACACAAACACAUACACCAAGUUCAAGAGGUAUUCCAAUGUUUAAGUAUCUUUUUGUAGAGGUACUGUAAUGAGUUUUGUGCUACAAAUCAGUCAGACAUUUUGUUAUAUUUAGUAUACAUAAUAGUAAUUAUUUUAUAUUUUUUAUUUAUUUUUUCAUAUUGGCCACUUAUCAGCUUACUGGCCGUUUGGGCGGUUUAUCCAGUGUUAGUACAGGAGGAAACCGGGGACCAGGAAACCUGUGGUAUUUGGUAGGGUCACACUGGAUAACACCCUUCUCACGUGUGUCCGGGCCGAGGCUCGAACCCUUGACAUAUUGGUGAGAGUUAUGUGCGUUACCGCUGUACCACCAGUUUAAGGUCAUAUAGUUGACACCAGUGUAACCCGUCAGAGCAGCUCAGGGAUCAGUGUACCAGAUAUUGUAUCCUUUAUUUGAAAUGGAUUUUCUCUAGUUUGUCUCGAGGUGAUUUUUGAAGAUGACAUACCCUGUAUUUUGGUAAUUUUUUGUACUGUUGAGUAUUAAUUGUAAUUUUUCAGAAGAUGAGCUGACUAUAAAUUCAUUUGUCCCAAAACUUGAAUAUGAAUUUUGAACACA